AAGAGAAACCUGAGUUCUCACAGCUUCAUCAAAGACAAACUGAAGAGAUGAAAACAGAAGCUGAUGGAGAGGACGAUGGAAGACCAGAACCAGCCAUGAACUCAGAACCAGAUACUGAUGACGAGAAUGGAGACUCUUCUGAACCGGAGACUGAUGACAGUGCUGAUUGGAAGGAAACCAGAGAACCUCAGUCAGGUUUAAACUCUCUGAAUAAUGAUAGAUUCCCUGUUAGUGAUUCAAGAUGUACUACUGGUGAGAAAGCAUUUAGCUUCUCUGAGUAUGGGAAAAGAUUUGGCACCAGUAUAAAUAUAAAGAGACACCUGAGAACUCAUACAAGAGAGAAACCAUUUAGCUGCUCAGUCUGUAAGAAAUAUUUUACACAGAGUGGAAGUUUAAAGAGACACAUGAGAAUCCACACAGGAGAGAUACCAUUUAGCUGCUCAGUCUGUAAGAAAGCUUUUAAAGGGAGUGGAAAUUUACAGAGACACAUGAUAAUCCACACAGGAGAAACACCAUUUAUCUGCUCAGUCUGUAAGAAAGCUUUUAAAGGGAGUGAACAUUUACAGAGACACAUGAGAACUCAUACAAGAGAGAAACCAUUUAGCUGCUCAGUCUGUAAGAAAUAUUUUACAGAGAGUAGACAUUUACAGGGACACAUGAGGAUCCACACAGGAGAGAAACCAUUUAGCUGUUCAGUCUGUAAGAAAGCUUUUACAGAGAGUGGACAUUUACAGAGACACAUGAGAAUCCACACAGGAGAGAAACCAUUUAGCUGCUCAGUCUGUAAGAAAGCUUUUAUAGAGAGUGGAAGUUUAAAGAGACACAUGAGAAUCCACACAGGAGAGAAACCAUUCAGCUGCCCAGUCUGUAAGAAAGCUUUUACAGACAGUGGACAAUUAAAGAUACACAUGAGAAUCCACACAGGAGAGAAACCAUUUAGCUGCUCAGUCUGUAAGAAAGCUUUUAAAGGGAGUGGAAAUUUACAGAGACACAUGAUAAUCCACACAGGAGAGACACCAUUUAUCUGCUCAGUCUGUAAGAAAGCUUUUAAAGGGAGUGAACAUUUACAGAGACACAUGAGAACUCAUACAAGAGAGAAACCAUUUAGCUGCUCAGUCUGUAAGAAAUAUUUUACAGAGAGUAGACAUUUACAGGGACACAUGAGGAUCCACACAGGAGAGAAACCAUUUAGCUGCUCAAUCUGUAAGAAAGCUUUCAAAGGGAGUGGACGUUUACAGAGACACAUGAGAAUCCACACAGGAGAGAAACCAUUUAGCUGCUCAGUCUGUAAGAAAUAUUUUACAGAGAGUAGACAUUUACAGGGACACAUGAGGAUUCACACAGGAGAGAAACCAUUUAGCUGUUCAGUCUGUAAGAAAGCUUUUACAGAGAGUGGACAUUUACAGAGACACAUGAGAAUCCACACAGGAGAGAAACCAUUUAGCUGCUCAGUCUGUAAGAAAGAUUUUACAGAGAGUGGAAGUUUAAAGAGACACAUGAGAAUCCACACAGGAGAGAAACCAUUCAGCUGCUCAGUCUGUAAGAAAGCUUUUACAGACAGUGGACAAUUAAAGAUACACAUGAGAAUCCACACAGGAGAGAAACCAUUUAGCUGCUCAGUCUGUAAGAAAACUUUUACAGUGAACAGUGCACAUUUACAAAGACACACGAGAACCCACACAGGAAAGAGGCCAUUUAGCUGCUCGGUCUGUGAGAAAGCUUUUACAAUGAGUGAAAAUUUACAGGCACACAUGAGAAUCCACACAGGAGAGAGGCCAUUUAGCUGCUCAGUCUGUAAUAAAGCUUUUAUACAGAGUGGACAUUUACAGAAACACAUGAGGAUCCACACAGGAGAGAAACCAUUUAGCUGCUCAGUCUGUAAGAAUGCCUUUACAGAUCGUGCACAUUUACAAAGACACAUGAGAAUCCACACAGGAAAUAGACCAUUUAGCUGCUCAGUCUGUAGGAAAGCUUUUACAAUGAGGGAAAAUUUACACGCACACAUGAGAAUCCACACUGGAGAGAGACCGUUUAGCUGCUCAGUCUGUGAGAAAGCGUUCACAGAGAGAGGACAUUUAAAGGCCCACAUGAGAACCCACACUGGAGAGAAACCGUUUAGCUGCCCCUUCUGCAAGAAAACUUUCACAAUGAGUGGCCAUUUACAGCAACACAUGAGAAUCCACACUGGAGAGAAGCCGUUUAGCUGCUCAGUCUGUAAGAAAGCUUUUACAGUGAGUCGAACUUUACAUAGACACAUGAGAACCCACACAGAGGGGAGAGACCAUUUAGCUGUGUGAAGUGGAGCUGUAGUCCAUAAGGAGGGCAGAGAACCUCAGUGAGGUUUAAACACUGAAAAUGUAAAGUGUAUAUUCUGGGUCCUUAAAAAAUUUAGGCUUUAAAAUGUCUCGAAUAUGAUUGUGAUAGGUGUUAAAAAAUGUGUUGGAUUACGAAGUUAAUGUGUCUGUUGGUAUCCCAUGAACUGGACUUCUUGGGAAAUGAAAGAGUCAGUCCGUGCAACCCCAGCUCUCUUCUAAAUGGCAGCUAUUCUUAACCCUUGUGUUGUCCUUUGGGUCACCGGGACCCAAAAGGACAACACAAGGG